AUGGAAAUUGUAAAAAAAGAAAUUUUAAAGUGGCUGGCUGCUGAUAUUAUUUACCCUAUUUCAGAUAGCAAAUGGGUUAGUCCUACACAAGUAGUGCCAAAAAAAAUAGGGAUCACGAUUAUAAAAAACGAAAAUGGGGAUGAAAUACAAACAAGACUAACUAUUGGUUGGAGAGUUUGCAUUGAUUAUAGAAAAUUAAAUUCAAUUACUAGAAAAGAUCAUUUUCCCCUAUCAUUUACUAAUCAAAUUCUAGAAAAAUUAGCUGGAAAAAACUUUUUUUGUUUUCUGGAUGGAUACUCUGGUUAUAAUCAAAUUUAUAUAAACCCUUUAGAUCAAGGAAAAACAACUUUCACUUGUCCAUUUGGUACUUUUGCUUUUAAACGCAUGCCUUUUGGUCUGUGUAAUGCUCCAGCCACAUUUCAAAGAUGUAUGCUGUCUAUUUUUUCUGAUAUGAUUGGAAAAUACAUGGAAAUUUUUAUGGACGAUUUUUUUGUUUUCGGUGAAUCAUUUGAUGAAUGCUUAAAUCAUUUACAGCAUGUACUUGAGAAAUGCAUAGAGAAAAAAUUAGUUUUGAGUUGGGAGAAAUCACAUUUUAUGGUUAAAGAGGGAGUUGUGUUGGGUUAUAUUGUGAGUGAAAAGGGUUUAGAGGUGGAUAGAGCAAAAAUUGCUAUUAUAUCUAAAUGA